AUGUCAGAAGACACACUCAUUCCCAUAGAACAGUACUAUGACCCAAGUUAUAAUCCACGAGCCUCACUUCUGACUUAUGAAUCGAUUUAUAAUCAUAAAACUACUGUUUCUUUUAAAGAUAUAGAGGAGUUUAUUAAUACUAAAAUAACACAAGGUGUAUUCGUUGGCACUAAGAUAGGUGCUGCUGGCUUGGCUAUUCUAGUUUUAUGGAUGGUGUCUAAAAACAGGAAAACUCCGAUUUUUUUGAUUAAUCAAGUUUCACUCUUUUUAACGCUAACCCAUUCUAGUUUAUACCUGAAGAAUUUACUUGGCCAUUUUUCCUCGGUCACAUUUGCCUUUACUUUAUUUCCUCAAUAUAUCAGUAAUAAUGACCUACAUGUAUAUGCUGCUACAAACAUGUUUCAAGUGUUUUUAGUUGCUGCCAUAGAGGUCUCACUCAUAUUUCAAGUUCGAGUCAUUUUUAGAGCUGACAAUUACAAAAGAGUAGGUACAAUUUUGACAUCUAUAUCUACAGUGUUGGGAAUUACCACCGUUGUGCUUUAUUUGGUCACUGCUAUCAACUCUAUAAAAAAUGUCUACUAUGACGUUUCUAAAACAAGCGACGCCUAUUAUUUUAAUAUCUCUACCAUUUUGAUGGCCUGCUCAGUUAACUUCAUGACCCUACUUUUAACUGUGAAAUUAAUAUUAGCAAUUAGAUCUAGAAGGUUCCUAGGCCUAAAACAAUUUGAUAGCUUCCACAUAUUACUGAUAAUGUCAACUCAGACACUGCUGUGUCCAUCUGUGCUAUAUAUUCUCGCAUACGCGCUCAGCAGUCGCGGCACGGAUUCUCUGACUACAAUUGCAACUCUGCUUGUUACUUUAUCAUUGCCACUUUCUUCUAUGUGGGCUACCUCUGCAAAUAACUCGACAAAACCUAGUUCCAUUAACACUCAAUUUAGUCCAUAUAAUUGCGAAACCAUGUCGUUCGGUACAGGAUCCUCAACGUAUUAUGCUAAUAGUAUGAAUUCAAAUAAGAGGAGCAUUACUAAUAAGCUGUAUGACCUUUAUCCAGCUAACCAUUUCUCAUGUAAACGAUCUUACGGGAGCGGUGAGGAUAACACAAUAGUAGAUAUUGAAAAGAAGUGUUUUAAUAUUGGAAGUAGUAUUGAAAGCUCGCCAGCACAGCCUAGUACUCUAAACAAUGGUACUUCAAGCCACAAUAAAAGCGUAAAUGGGAAUGUUGAAGUACAAACCCCAACCACUGCUGCUGAAGAAGAUGCGAAACGAUUUUGGACUGACACAUACUAUCCUACUGGUAUACCCGAUGAGGAAUUCACAGAUUUUAAGGUGUCUGGAGAGCAGUGCAAUAUAUUCCAAUCGCCAACCAGUAAGACUAGGAAUAAAAGCUACAGCCGAAAUACAAUUCGAUAA